AUGUUCAUUAAAAGAACAUUUUACAAUAGAAAACCGGUUUGCCUUAAUAAUAUCGAUUCGAAAUACAAUCUUAAAUGUGUGUGGAGCACAAAAAACGCAUGAUAAAUACAAUUCAAAGAUAAGAUUGCUAUCUAUUUGGGGUCAAUGCACUAUUUUCUCAGAAACUACGAGCAUUUUACGCACAGGGUACAAUGACUUACAUGAUAAAUUGAUGUGAGAUAAUGAAAAAUCGAAAUGAGAUAUAUUGAAAUGGGAGAGAUUUACGUGAAUAAAUAUUUUACGCUAAAUAAAAUUGUAUCACGGAACUAAAAAUGAAUCAUUUCAUCAUUUCUAUUUUAUUCGAACGAACGCUAUGCUUUUGUUUUUGCUCGAAUUCGCGAACACGCUGACAGAAAAAAAAACAAAAAUGAGUUACAGUACUUUAUCGAAAGACGCACAAUGAAUAAACACAAAUCGCUUCGAGACUCAGAGUGUGCAAUAAUUGCGUCUUCAAAAUUAUACGGUGGAAAGUUCUUUCGAAAAUUUUCCGAGAAAUUCUAGAAACAGCUUCUGGAACAGAUUUCAGCGUAUUUUGCUCAGAAGGUUAGUUUUUAGUAAACUUUUGGUAGAAAUAAAAUAGAAAAUAUGUGGGAUUGUUUUGAAAUCUUAACAUUUAAUAGAUAAAAUAGGAAUGAAUUUAUUAUUACGAAAUUUUGAACGAAUGACUAACGAUUUUGUAAUAAACAUUUAAAAAAUUCGAUAUUCAUGUGUAAACAAACAAUUCAAAUUUUUAGAACUUUCGAAAAAAAUCGAUAAUCUAUGAACUUCCAUCUUUAAAGAUACGUUAGAAUGUGUUAAGUUAAACAAAAAGAAGAAAACAAGGAAAAAAGAAUAAGAUGACACGACAAUCCCAUUCCUUUUUUCUUCCCAAAACUCCUUGUCCUUUUUCUUUUCCCCCUCCAACUCUCUCACCUUACACUCGAUGCAUUUCUCUGUGCACUCUUUCCAUUGCACUCUCUCUCAUCCUGUCAUUCGGGACAAUCGUGGUAAGACCACAAAAUGUGUUUGAAAAUCGUUUGUGGUGGCCGGAAAAGUGCGCCGAUUCAAAGUUUUUUAUUUUUCAUUAUUUUUUCCCCUUUUUCUUCGAGUAUACUCUUUUCAAAUGGCGUUUUUUUAUAGGAAUGUCAGCAGCAGUGCGUAGCCCACGUAAAAAAGUGUCACCAGAACAGGUAGAUUCAUCUAAUUCUGUGAAAAAUUACUCUAUCUCUCUACAGGAAAGAGAUAACACAUCAACGCGUUAUCGAUUACGUGAAAAUUCAAAACUGCCUUCGAGAUAUCGAGAUGAUGAAGUAUUUGUAUCGCCUUCGAGACCCAAAAAAUCAACAAGUCAAUCGCCGAAAAAGUGAGACAGUUUAAAAAUCGAUUGAACAAAAAACAAAUCGAAUAAUUUGCAGGCCGAUUGUACGGAGAGCAGCCGGAAAAGAUUCGCCAUCACUCAAUAAUUAUGCAACUUCCAAACUUAACUUGGUAAAUGAAUAAAAUAUUUGAAAAUUUAAUUAGUAAAGUGUAACUUUUGCUAAAUUAAAAAUAAAUAAACAUUUUCAGCUGGCAACAAGUGCAAUCGAUCACGAAUCAGCUUCAAGUAGUUCAUCAACAGAUCAAUUCGAUCUGUUAACACCAAAAGAAGAAACAGAACAACCAAAAAGAGGUCCAGCUCGAAGAGUUAUUCAAGUAUCUCCUCCACCAAAACAACAACAACAAGAUGGUUUAAUUAAUGAAUCUGAAAUUAUGGUUGGAGUUGAAGAAGAAGUUGAAGGUGAAGCUGAGGAUGAAGAAGAAUUUGAAUAUGAUGAAUCUGGAAUGAAAAUAUCGAAACAUGAUGAAUUUAUUGAUAUGCAAACGUUUUUUGAUAUGUUUAAUGAUGCUGAAAGAGAAGAAAUGAUCGCGAAAUUCUCAAAGUAUGUUAACUUGUUUAUUUAUUUAUUAGAAAAAACUUUCUCAUUCAUCAACAAAUUCAAAUUUUCAGUUAUCAACACAAAUCUCAACGUGAUGUUUCUCGAUUCAUGCGUGGAAAUUUGAAAAAAUUAUACAAUAUGCUGAAGUAUAAAAAGGCGAGACAAUGGAUUGUUUGUGAAUUCUUCUAUUCUGGAAUUGAUGAGCAAAUUUUCCGGGGAGAAAAUGAAUUUGCGAGUAUAAUCAAAGAAAGUUUUCCAAAUUUGAAAAAUAUGAUGUUGAAUAAAACUGAAUGGAGAACAAUUAGAAGAUUAUUAGGUAUUUAAUAACUACUUGAGAACAAAACAAUUCAUUUGGAUUUCAGGAAAACCUCGUCGAUGCUCGGCACUUUUCUUUGAAGAAGAACGAUUGUAUUUGGAGGAAAAAAGACUGAGAAUUCGAAGUGUUUACGAAGGUUCAUACUUAAAUGAUCCAUCAAUUGAUUUGAAAGAUCUUCCUGCGAAAUUACCAAAACAAUUAGUUGUUGGAAGUAAAGUAUAUGCAAGAGUAAGACAACCAAGAGAUGGAAUUUAUGCUGGAACUGUUGAUGCAUUAGUGCCAAAUGGUUAUCGAGUUGUAUUUGAGAAACGAGAAUUGCCUCCAACUUUGGUUAGAGAUACAGAAGUUGUAAUGGAUGGAACACCGGAAUUGUUGAGUAUUGCAUAUUUUAUUGAACAAGCUAAUUCGAAAUUACCAAAUGGAGUUAGACCUUUUGGUAUGUUUUGGUAAGAUUUUUUCAAACAAAUAAAAAGUUCCCUUUUUCAGUUACCGCAGUUCGUGACGCAAAUCGUCCUCAUUUAGUAAAAGAAGAGUUGAUUGCUAGACCAAUUGGAGAAAAAGCGGGACCACUAAAAGGCCCAAAUGACGCAAGACUUAGCGCAAGAAAUCCGGAAAUGGUUGGAAACUUUCCUCUUAGAUUCCUGGUUAAUUUGGUGAAAUUGACGAAGUUAAUCGAAAUCAAAAAGGGAUUGGUGAAACAAUUGAUGGAAAUGAAUGCAGAAGCUGAGUUGAACAAUUUGACAACUUCGAAAUAUUCAGCGGUUUUUCAGGUUGGUUUUUUUUGAGAGAGAAAAAAAUGUAAAGAGGAACUUUUUCAGGAAAAAUAUUCGAAAAUAGUGAUCGAUUUAGAACAUGUUAAUCAAAAUAUUGAUUCAAAUAUGAGCGGAAUACAGGAACAUAACAUGUAUUAUGCAUCAAAUAGUGAAGUGACAAAUGUGAAACCCGAAACAGUUCGAAAGUUUUGUUAUCAACAAGCUGGUCGAUUUGUGGAACAUUGUAAUCAAGGAUUGAAUGUUGAAAAUGUUCACGCAUUAACUUUGAUUCAAUCAUUGACAGCUGCUUUGUUACAAGUUAGAUCGUUAGGAAAUCAAAAAAUAUCUGCGUGUGAUUUGAAUUCACUUUCGGAUACAAUUAAUUCGAUUCGACAACAGGUUGGUUUUUGUUGGAAUUUUUUGCUAUUUAAAAUUGCACUUUAAAAUAUAUGUUCUCUAGAAGUUUCCGACCCGCUGAUCACGAUCCUGCGGUCUGAAGUUGCAGAACUCAAGUCCUAACAUGAGUUAUGACGUGGAAAAUUUCGAAAAAUCAGGAUUUUAUGUGCUGAAAACUAGCUUAGAAAAUGAGAAGGCUCAAUCAUUUUUAAAGCUAGUUUUCAGAUUCUAAAAUCCCGAUUUUUCGAAAUUCGCCACGUCAUAUCUCAUUUCAGGAGUUGAGUUCUGCAAUUUUAGAUAUCGGGUCGAAAUUAGGUGUAAACCUAUUUUAUCAAAAAUCUAGAGAAACAGAUUUCCGUACAUCUUGUAAUCAAAAAACUUUCAGAUCUCGCCCAAAAAUGCUUCAUUUUUCCAAGAUUAUGUUGAAGUUCAUAUGAAACAAUUCCAUAAAUUAAUGAUCGACAAUGGUGCCAUUUCAGGAUUUAGAAGAUAA